AACGAUCUUCCCAUGGUACACUAUAACCUUCGUAGAGAGCGGAAAGCUGACUAAAAAUGACAUAUUCAUUGGCUUCCUUGGUCCUUUGGGACAUAUUGGCUACUUUGGAAUUGGUCUCCUUUUGUCAAUGCCUACGGUCUUACGUCGUUCCGAAUGGAAGAUGCAACUCAGGAAGGGGUUUUUACCAAUCUUUGCUGGCAUGCCGGUCAUCUUCGUGGCGUGGAUCGUCGGCAAUGCUUAUGCGCAUUUCGUUCUCCUGUAUCUCACUACUGACGAGUUCGUCUUUGGUGAACUACCCAAGUACCAGACUAUAGUCCGCGAUAUGGUAGCCUACAUGCUCAUCGAAGAAGUGGGGCUCUACUAUCUGCACCGUCUGUUCCAUGAAUGGAAGGCUGGCUAUAGGGUGGUACAUAAGCUCCAUCAUACGUAA